GGAAAAUUAGGACAAGUCGACCGACACCCCUCACAAAGGGGUUCCGCACAGCCGAGCGAACGGCAUGUUGUUACUCCGUAUGUUUUUGACAAAACUGGCACAUGUUUGCGUGUAAAGAGGUCGUUUGGGAGAUUUUGUGGUAUUUGAAGACAUGGACAUUAUUUUGCCAUUUGAUUAGCAUAUAAAGUUAUAAGUGAUUUUUAAACUAAUUUUUUUUAACCUAUCGCUUUAAAUGUUGAUCAGCUGAAUUUGUAUUUCUAGAACAAACUUCACUGCAGUUGAUUUCGUUUUCUCCUUAUGAUAUUCUGAAGUUAAAAGUUUUUCCCCCCCUCUCGUGACUUGGUGGCUUUUCUCUGUACUGUGAAGAAUCCCACCGUGCGAUUGUUCAUUCCUGAUGGGUACAAGACCCAGCUGACGAUUCUUGAACCUUCACACUGUUUGCCCAUCUUUGUAAACAUUUCCCAGUAAAACACUCGAUAUUCCACGAUGGAGCUCUUCUUCUCCAGGAAUGUGUCCGUGCUCUGGAUUAUCCUGCUGGAGUUCCUGCUCAAAUCAGUGGCGGAGGAAGAGGUCCUGAUGAAUACAAAGACUGAGACAUCAGAUCUGAAGUGGACGACGUUCUCUCGAACUAAACCUGAGUGGGACGAGGUCAGUGGCCUGGAUGAGGAGAACAACAGCGUGAGGACCUAUCAGAUCUGCCAGGCCGACGGCGCGUCCAGUCACUGGCUGCGCAGUAAACUCAUCGACCGGCGAGGGGCGUCUCAGGUGUACGUGGAGCUGCUCUUCACCAUGAUCGAAUGUUCAUCGCGGAUCACGCAUCACCGGUCCUGCAAAGAGACCUUUAACCUUUACUACUACCAGAGUGACACGGAUGACGCGACGGCAAGCCACCCCGCAUGGAUGGAGAACCCCUACACCAAGGUCGACACGGUGGCCGCAGACUUCUUGCUCCGUGCAGGUGGAGAGAAGAAGCCAAACAUCAAAACGCUGCGUUUGGGCCCAUUGACCAAACGGGGAUUUUACUUGGCGUUCCAGGCCCAGGGAGCGUGCAUGGCCCUUUUAUCCGUGCGCGUCUUCUUUAAGAAGUGUCCGGCUCUCACGCGCUCACUAUCCGUGUUCCCGGAGACGGUUCCUCGCUCGCUGGUGCAGGAGGCAGUGGGCCAGUGUGUGGCAAACGCAGCUCAGCCUGGACCAAAUCCCAGACCGCCUAAGAUGUUCUGUGGAGAAGAUGGACAGUGGGUGGACCAGCCCACCACCACCUGCACUUGCCUGCCGGGCUUUGAGGCCAGCCAUGGAGAUCUGGAGUGUAGAGCGUGUCCCGCGGGUCAUUUUAAGAUGGGUUCUGGUCCUGGUCCGUGUUCUGCGUGUCCUGACUCCAGUCACACAGGAGAGACGGGCUCUUCGUCGUGUGUGUGUCGGCCUGGUUUCCACCGCGCUCCCACCGACAGUCCCGAUACACCCUGCACACGUCCGCCCUCGUCCCCACGCAGCCCUGUUCCUCAGGUCAAUGACACGUCUCUCACGCUGGAGUGGAGCGAGCCGCUGGACAGCGGGGGCCGAUCGGACCUCACCUACAGCGUGGAGUGUCGGAUGUGCUCGACCCCCAGGAGCCCAUGUGUGCUGUGCGGGGACGGCGUGAAUUAUCGGCCCUCUCAGACCGGGAUCCAGGGCCGGCGCGUGAGCAUUUGGGGACUCCGACCUCACACCACCUACAGCUUCACCGUGAUGGCCCUGAACGGGGUCUCGGCUCUGAGUGUGCCGGGGCCCGCGGGGGAGAACAUCAACAUCACCACCAGCCCCAACGUUCCUGUACUGGUGUCGGGUUUGAGGAAGAGCACAGCCACAGAAUCCAGUCUGACGCUGCUCUGGAACACACCGACACAAUCACACUACAGGAUCCUACAGUACCAACUACGCUACUGUGAGAAGGAGCGUGGCUUCGAGGAGAACUCCUGUCAUUAUACGGAGAGCAAUGUCAACGAGGUUGUGCUGAGCGACUUGCGCAGAGCCACACAGUACGAGGUCCAGGUCCGCGCGCGCACUUUGGCCGGCUACGGCAGCUUCGGUCAAGCUAUCGUCUUUCGAACCCUGCCUGACGAAGAUGAUUCCUCGUCUCCGCUGCUUGUUACUGGGAUCCUCAUAGCCGUGGGCAUGCUGCUCCUCAUCAUCGUCAUCGCUGCUGCUAUCUACUGUAUACGGAAGCAAAAUCAUUUCAAAGAUCCAGAACUGAGUGAUAAAAAUGGCCAAUAUCUCAUGGGUCAAGGAGUGAAAGUUUACAUUGAUCCAUUCACUUACGAGGACCCUAAUGAGGCCGUGAGAGAGUUUGCUAAGGAGAUUGAUGUCUCAUUUGUCAAAAUCGAAGAGGUUAUUGGAGCAGGCGAAUUUGGCGAGGUCUGUCGGGGACGGCUGAGGAUUCCUGGGAAGAAGGAGAACUAUGUUGCCAUUAAGACUCUUAAGGGUGGAUACACAGACAAGCAAAGGCGGGACUUCCUUUCUGAAGCCUCAAUCAUGGGCCAGUUCCAGCACCCCAACAUUAUCCACCUGGAAGGCAUAAUAACAGCCAGCUGUCCCGUCAUGAUCCUCACAGAGUUCAUGGAGAAUGGAGCUCUGGACUCCUUCCUGAGACUCAAUGAUGGCCAGUUUACUCCAAUACAGUUAGUCGGUAUGCUGCGCGGCAUCGCAUCGGGAAUGAAAUAUCUCUCCGAAAUGAGUUACGUGCAUCGGGAUCUUGCCGCACGGAACAUUCUCGUCAACAGUAACCUGGUUUGCAAGGUGUCCGACUUCGGUCUGUCGAGAUUCCUGCAAGAGAAUUCUUCUGAUCCUACAUACACAAGCUCACUGGGUGGUAAAAUUCCCAUCCGUUGGACGGCGCCCGAGGCGAUUGCGUUCAGGAAAUUUACCUCCGCAUCAGAUGUGUGGAGUUACGGAAUCGUCAUGUGGGAAGUGAUGUCGUUUGGAGAGCGACCAUACUGGGACAUGAGCAACCAGGAUGUGAUCAAUGCCAUCGAGCAGGACUACCGGCUGCCGCCCCCCCCGGACUGUCCCACAUACCUGCACCAGCUGAUGCUGGACUGCUGGCAGAAGGAGCGGACGGCACGGCCACGCUUCUCCAACAUCGUCUCAGCACUCGACAAGCUAAUCCGCAACCCUGCCUCACUUAAAAUCACCGCCCAAGAGGGGGCAGGACCCUCUCACCCUCUGUUGGACCAGCGCUCCCCACUGACGCCCUCGUCCUGUGGGACGGUGGGCGACUGGCUCAGGGCCAUAAAGAUGGAGCGUUACGAGGAGAGUUUUCUACAGGCCGGUUACACGUCCAUGCAGCUGCUCGCCCACAUCAACACAGAGGAUCUGCUGCGUUUGGGAAUAACUCUGGCUGGUCAUCAGAAGAAGAUACUGUCCAGCAUCGAGGCUCUUGGGAUUCAAAACAAAACUCCAGGGAAUGUGCUCUACUGAGUGAACCGUACACACUCACACACACAUGCAAACGCUUGUCGAGUUUGCCGGAGAACCUUCAUGUAACCUGUCCACUCACAAUCAGGAACAUUUCUACUUCCUUUUUACCGGGUCGCUUAAGGAUCAAGAUUGAUUACUUGCUUCCAAGACUACCUAAAGGGGACCAGUCCAGGAACCUGUGGGAACUGUCACUGUAAUACCACUAAUAUUACAAAGCUUCAUUUGUGAUAUCAAACGGGUCUCAUACGGG